AUGAUCUCUUGGCUUGAUGUCUACCAUGUUGUUUCAGCAACAGUUCCUCUUUAUGUUUCAAUGAUCUUAGGUUACCUCUCUGCAAAACAUCUAAAGAUCUUCUCACCUGAACAAUGCGCAGGCAUCAACAAAUUCGUCGCUAAAUUAUCCAUCCCUUUGCUUUCUUUCCAAGUAAUCUCCCAAAACGACCCUUUUAAGAUGAGCCCUAGGCUCAUUUUCGCUGAUAUUCUCCAGAAGGUCUUAGCUGUUGUUGUAUUAGCCGGCGUUUUGAGAUUAUGGCAUCCAACAGGAGGAAGAGGAGGAAAACUGGGUUUGAUCAUAACCGGGUUAUCUGUAACCGUGUUUCCAAACACACUCAUUAUUGGAAUCCCAAUCCUGAGUGCCAUCGAUGGAAAUGAAGCUGUGAACUACUUGGUGCAGAUUGUUGUGUUGCAGAGCAUAAUUUGGUACAACAUCUUGCUAUUCUUAUUCGAGAUUAAUGCCGCGAGGGAGAAAACAGCUUCCAUUGAACAACAUAGAGGCAAUGGCAAUGAAGACAAUGAAGAAGCUCCAAAAGACGAAGAAGUAGCAAUAGCGAGAACAAGAUCUUCUGGAACUUGGAAGAUUUUAAUGAAGGCUGUGAGAAAGUUUUUAGCCAAUCCUAAUACGUACGCAACAUUGGCCGGAAUAAUCUGGGCUAUUUUACAUUUCAGAUUGGGAUGGAAACUGCCUGAGAUGGUCGAUAAAUCAAUACAUUUGCUAUCUGAUGGAGGCUUAGGAAUGGCCAUGUUCAGCAUGGGUCUUUUCAUGGCGUCACAAAGUAGUAUCAUAGCAUGUGGAACAAAAUUGGCGAUUAUAACAACAAUCCUCAAGUUUAUAUUAGGACCUGCUCUUAUGAUUGCUGCUUCAUUUUGCAUCAGAUUACGAAGUACUCUUUUCAGAGUCGCAAUAUUACAGGCUGCACUGCCUCAAGGAAUCGUGCCAUUUGUUUUUGCAAAAGAGUAUAAUGUUUAUCCGGAGAUCAUUAGUACGGGGUAA